GUAAUUUCUCGGUAUUUGUAAGAUAAAUUUUCAGUAUUAUUUAUACAAUAAUGUUAAUCCAAUCUAUGAGUAAAAUUAUUUCACCCAUCGUACAUGGCACUGGCAGAAUCUUUCAAAGUAGAAAUUGUCACGGUGUGUUUGGUAUACAGGAUUUACUGCGACAGGAAAAGCCAGAACAUUUCGCAAUAACCGCAUUAACGAGCGGCGAUCAUGAAAUGGCUGUGGAUGUGUUGAAGAAGCAUUACCUCAAUGAACAUGUUCUCGUGCGCGCUAGAGGAAUGAAUUUGUGCAAUGAUCGCGCCAUUGAGGAAUAUCUAAUCGGGUUACUUCGUCAAGGAAAUUCUUUAUUUGCGAAGACUGAAGAUGACCAGGUAGCAGGUAUCUGUGUUAGCUACGCCAGUAGCCCUCUGGACCCAAAGAACCUUAGGAAUUAUGCUUUUUAUCGUCAGGAUCCAAACACGAAAGACUUUUUAUACUUCACAGCAAAACUACAAGAGACUCCAAAUUUAUGGGAUAUUUUUAAAGAACGUAAAGUAUACGAGGUGAGAAUGGUGACUGUGAAGCCGGAGUACCGUCGUCAGGGCCUUGCCGUUAUGUUGGUAGACAAGUCGAUGGCACAAGCUUUCGACCAGGGUUAUAAAGUUGUCCGCAUGGAUUGUAUCAACCCAUACGAUUACAAGGUCGCAGAGAGGUGCAUGAUGAGUUGUCUUACUCGCUUCCCAUUGCACAAGCUGCGUGGUGCCAACGCCCCCUUUAUAAAGAAGAGUUCGGAGCACAACUGCUAUGUUAGAGUAUACGUAGAAGCCAGAUUACAAGGAGACAAACCGGAUAGAAUUAGGUUGAAACAAAGACACGACUUUGAUAGCUUAAUCGAAUGA